UCGUCUACCAUGUCUUCCACCAGUAGUGAUGGCGGAAUCGAUUUCGCUCUUUAUCGGUAUACACCAUCCAUCCCAGCAGCCGCAAUAUUUGCUGGAAUUUUCCUUAUUCUUUCUAUCCUUCACUUGGUUCGACUGAUUCAAAAUCGCACCUACUUCUUCAUCCCCUUCAUUGUGGGCUUGUUAUUUGAAUGCGCCGGUUAUAUUGCUCGCAUCUUCUCUCACUUUGAUACAAUGGCGCUUGGGCCAUACAUCGUUCAAACCAUGCUCAUUCUGGUCGCUCCCCCACUUUUCGCUGCUUCUAUAUACAUGACACUCGGUCGGAUUGUGGUCAACCUCGGCGCCGAAGACCAAUCUAUCGUUCCCGUUCGCUUUCUUACGAAAAUAUUUGUUAUCGGCGAUGUAAUAUCUUUUCUUUUGCAAUGUGGAGGUGGUGGCUAUAUGGCAGCUGGAUCAACCUCCGCUAUGAACACUGGAGCCAACAUUGUCGUUGGGGGCCUAGUGGUUCAGCUGCUCUUCUUUGGAUUCUUCGUUAUCGUCUCCGCCGUGUUCCACUGGCGUCUCAGGAAGCAGCCACGGUACAUCCAUGUCUCAAGCGCACAGUCGAAUGGCCCCGAAACACGUAUGACAUGGGAGGCUGUGAUGUGGGUGCUUUAUAUCGCAUGUCUUCUCAUUCUAGUGCGAUCGGUAUUUCGAGUCGUCGAGUUUGUUGAAGGGAACAAUGGAUUCAUUAUGCGAAGAGAGUAUCUCUUGUAUAUUUUUGACGCGUGUCUCAUGUCGUUAACUGGCAUAGUGUUGAUCAUUGUUUAUCCAGGUUGCUUCAUAGCCCAGGGUAGGAAGAGAGAUAGCGAGCUUCAACUUGUGGCGACGGAGGAAGGAUCUGUACACAGGGGACCCUUGCCCUAG